CUUUUACCGAAAACCGGCCAUUUAUCCGCCUAAGGUGGCUCACCAAAGUUCACGAGCUGCGACGCAAAUCUGGACCGAACGUUUGGGAAGAAAGUUGUCGCCAUCUGUUUCACUCAAUCCAAAGUGUCCACAUGUCAAAGAAGUGUCUAGUUUCGCUGUCUAGUACCAGUAACCGCACUAUACAAUACGGAAGUCAGCCGGAAAAACAAAAGUAAAUUUUCACGAACGAUUCGCUGAGUCGCCGCGACAGCAUCUCGUACAAUCUUGUAAUUGUAAAGCAGCAUCCAAAGAUGCGUGCACUAGGAAUCGCUCAGCCCAACAACCAUCACCAGACGGGCAGCGGCAGUACCACCACCGGGCACGGAUCGGGAAACGGGAGCAACGGUAAGAACGGCAAUGUGGAUCUCGGACCAUCCACCGGCACUCUGAUUACGCUGCCCCGGGCCGUACCCGCCAGCCAUCAUACGGCGGGCGGCAUUGGCGCGCCGCCCGGUGACGUCACGCAUGCCGUCGCCAUCCGCGGCGGAGCUGGUGGUGGCAACGUUGCCGGCGGUGGCAGUGUCAGCGAUACUGCUGCCCAGGACACGAUUUAUUUGUGCAACUUUCGCGUCACCGUCGACGGCGAGUGGCUCUGUUUGAAGGAGCUGCAGGACCUCGAUAUCAAAGAUGGCUCAGGGGGCGCAGGUCCGACCGGUGCCGGUGGUGGUACGACGAGCGGCACUGAAGCGAUGGGCAUCGGCGGAGGUGGCGGUAGCGGCGGUGGCGAUUGCAACGCACUCAAUAGUUUCGGUAUAAUUGAGAACGUAAAAUGCGAGGAGAAGAUUAUCGAGCGCGAUUGGGUUAACUACUACUCGCGAGAUCCUGCCUCGAUUGAGCGGAGCAAUCUGGUGAAGAUAUGCAAACUGGUGGUCAAGGAGCUGCUGGAGCAAUCGCUACGCUUUGGGCGGAUGCUCGAUUCUGAUCAUCUGCCAUUGCAACACUUCUUUAUCGUACUCGAACACGUCCUGCGCCAUGGUCUGAAACCGAAAAAGGGCCUGCUGGGGCCGAAAAAGGAACUGUGGGACAUACUGCAGAGCGUGGAGCGUUAUUGUGUGGAAGCGCUGGACAUAACGUCAUCGGUGCGCGACUUGCCCACGGUUCGGACCCAUAUGGGGCGCGCCCGUGCGUGGCUUCGAUUGGCGCUGAUGCAAAAAAAGUUGGCCGACUACCUGCAGGUGUUGGUGGAACACCGGGACGAUUCGUUGGCCGAGUAUUACGAGCCCCACGCGUUGAUGCUGAGCGACGAGAUAAUCAUCAUUGUGGGCAUUCUGGUUGGGCUGAACGUCAUCGAUUGCAAUCUGUGCGUGAAGGAAGAGGACCUGGACUCGCAGCAAGGUGUGAUCGAUUUUUCGCUCUACCUUCGCUCGAGUUCCCGCAACAGUCCGGACGAAGAAAACAAUGGCGGGCUCGGGGGCGGUGUCGUCGAUAGUGCCACCGGUGCCAUGACCGCCGUGUUGGAUCAGAAAAACUAUAUCGAGGAGCUGAACCGGCACCUAAAUGCCACCGUAGCAAACCUGCAAGCGAAAGUGGAAUCGCUCACGACGACGAACGCGCUGAUGAAGGAGGAUCUGGCGAUUGCGCGAAACAGCUUGAUGGCUUUGCAGGCGGAAAAUUCGGCCCUCCGGAGAGCCUCCCAGCAUGGGCAUCCGAUCGAGGACAAGACGAACGUGCUGGACCGCUUCGACCCGGAAAUGGCGGAAACGUUGGCCGAGGAGCGAAAGAAGCGCCAAGAAGUGGAGAAAGAGUUGGAUUUGCAAGUCUCUAUAAAGGCAGAAAUCGAAAUGGCCAUGAAGUUGCUGGAGAAGGACAUUCACGAUAAGCAGGAUACGAUCGUUUCAUUGCGGCGCCAGCUGGAGGAUAUCAAAUCGAUCAAUCUGGACAUGUACCGUAAGCUGCAGGAGUGCGAAGCCUCUUUGAAGCACAAAACGGAGCUAAUGUCGAGGAUGGAAACGCAGCGCGCAUCGAUGGCAAAUGCCAUCACGCAGUUGGAGAAAAAAUACAAGUCGGAAACGGUGAGCUUGAACGCACUGCAGGACUCAUCUCAAGCCCUAUCUUUACAAGUGGUCGCCAGCGAACAGAGGGCAGCCAGGGCGGAAGCUGAUUUGCGUAUCGAACGCGAAUGGCGCUCAGCCAUGCAGGAGAACGAAGUGAAGCAUAAAGAGCUUAUCAGCGAGAUGCAGCUUCAGAUGAAACAAUUGACGGAUGAUUCGAAGCAACUCGGAAAGGCAAACACGGAACUAGAAAAACUGCGCAGCCAAUGGGCAGAAGAUCAACGCACCCUGGAAGAGCUCGGGGUGCAGCUAAGCGUGAACAAGUUGCAGAUAUCGGAGCUGAAAGAAAAGGUGACGGGAGGCCACCGGCCAUCCGAUGCUACCAGCGAAACUGAUCCGGGCGGUGGCGGUUGGACUCCGGAUAAGAUCGUAUCAAGGUGCACCGGGUGCGAAAAGGAGUUUAGCAUGACACGGCGAAAACACCACUGUCGGAAUUGUGGGAAAAUCUUCUGUUCCAGCUGCUCGGAACAUGUGGCAGCUUUGCCGGUAGCAAACGAUCACCUGCCGGUAGGUGGUAAACCGGUUCGCGUUUGUGAUCACUGUUGGGAGAAACUAACCGCAAAGUAAUGAUGUAGUAUUCGGAACAAUUUUAUCGAGAUAUAUUUUUAUAACCAGUCGCGCCAAACCUAAACCGUUGCUACCCGAAUGCCUUAUGAUGAGAUGAAAGCAACGUUGUACAUAGUUUACGAAUAUGAAUGAUAUUAGUGACCACC